AUGGAGGACGUACUGACAAAACUCACUUCUGGGAAUCUCAGAACCUACACUGCAGUCAUUUUGAUGUUUACCUACAAUAUUUUGCUCGACAUGGACUUUGCGUGUACUUGUAAACCACAAGUCUUUGACUGUACUUCGUACCUGGUCCUGCCAGUUUUAAUAAUAUUUAUCUAUAUUCUCUGGACAGACCGGUCAUUUCAGAGAGUCUUUAGAUACAUGUGUUCAGGUGCGUUUGGAUGCCGUAGCCGGCCUCACAUCUGCAGUUUUUUAGGCUCUUUCUUGCGUAAGCUUCUUAAGGCUUUGUUAGUUGGUCUGCUUUGGGUUGCUUUUGUGUAUAUUGAUGGAGACUGGUAUGUUUGCUGUAAGAAUGAUGGCUCUGAACAACAGGCACAGUUAGCCUGCAAAGACAAGAGGAGGAUCACUGAAAAGGAGCAAGUCCUCAUUGCUGAAGUGAAAAACAAGUCCAGGGUUAUUGGUGGAGUUUUACUCUUUGGUAUCAUUUUGAUGGCAUCCCUUAUGCCGCUGUGCAGAUGGACGAAAUGUUGUGGAAAAUCAAGUUCUUGCAACAGAAAACUUUUGAAGGACAAACUGAUUUUAGAGGAGGAGGAAAACGUCUUGACAGAGAUUCUGAGGAAAUCAGUAAAAGAAAAGUUGACUACAGAAGUCGAGGAGAGAAUACGUGGUAAACAAUGGGAGGAGUGUUUCGAUGUUGCUGAAGAACUGAUUAAAAGAUCUAAAGCAAACAUUUCUGAAGAGGAGCAACAACAAGAACCCAGAAACCUCCAGGAGAACCAGCUGAGAACAAUGAAUAUAGUAUAA